CCAAGCCAGGCCUAUUCUGUCUAUUUCAAAACAUAUAUUUUUUUUUUAGAGAGUAAAAAAAAGUGAGAGGGCUAUGGGCCUCUCCCCGGUCGACACAAUGUAUAUCAGUUUCUACUCUACAAUAUAUGGGUAGCAUAGUUAUUUGUCCUUUGCAAGACAGAUCGAUCAGCAAAUCUAAAUUUCUUUAGCAUGGCUCAAAGAUCAAAGCUACUUGUCUUUGGGUCUCCUCGUGUCAAUUUAGUUAAAUAUUACUUAUACCAACUAAUCAAUGGAAUUGAGUAGCCCCAAUUGAAAGAUGAACAUGAGCGAUCAAAGGCCCGUAUCGAUCCACUGCAGCAAUCAGGCGACAUUCUGAUCACAUAAAGCUAGCCUAAUUAUAACCACUACAAUGGACCCAGAUCUCAAUUUGCCUCGAUUGCUGAUUCAAAGUAUAGGGCUAAUAUGGAUUAGGCCAACCGAUUUAAAAAGUGCUGCAACGAAAAAAAAACCAGUUAGUUUAUAUUCCACACAAUCCAAAGUCGCAUUUGAUUUAACACAGGCCUAGAGAGGAUAGCCCCCGAAUAUUGAGGUGGUGUGGACCUGGUAGCUUGAUGUAAUAUAAUGGUAAGCUUUGUAUUGGUCCAAGACUGCAGCCAUGUUGGAAUUCACGGGGAUAUUGAAUAUUGGAUGCUUCAUAUCAAUUCAUCGUUCAGGCAAGCUAUUUCAGGCUAUUGAUGUUCAGGAAAGGCUUAUUUUUACUUCAAGUAGGCUAAGUCUAAAAAUCUUUAGCCCCGAGCAAUAGGCCUAUACAUUAUAGGAUAAAAAUCCUGUCACAAUUUCUGCAAGAAAAACGUCACCUGUAUAUUUAUAAUUAUGUUGUGAUAAAAUCUCAUAACGAAACAUGACAGUGCUUGCCAACAACGUCAGAUGCACGCAUUUCUGUCUCGAUUAGGGCCUAUAUUCUAGCCUAUUUCCGUAAUUCCGGUUCAAUCCAUAUCAAAGAACAUGAAAACGUUCAUUUAAAACAAUAGCUCCCUCACAUCAUAAUUGCAAUGAGAGCAAGUGUGCAUAAUCAGCAGAAAGGGUUUCCCCCAGCUGUGUGAGGGGUGUCUGGGCGGGCGGCUGCACGGCGAAGAGAGGGGUCCAUUCUGUGCUCCGACCACUGCAUGUUGGAGCUGCCGCGACACAUCCGAAGAGCCGAUGCAAAAAGGGACUGGAAUUACUAUUACUAUUAUCUGGUCCGUUUUCUCGUGCAAGGAGUCAUAGGCGAUUGUUUCAGAUGUGAUUUUUUUUUUGUGCAAAAUUAAUGUCACGCGCUGCAGCGGGCCUACACCCUUCCAAGGCCAGCGACGAAGCGGUCUUUGGAAACCCAUGUUCAGUCGGGGGGUCACUGCCCUGGUACACGUCUCAUGGAAAUGCAGAACGCUGCCUACAACAACAGCGUCCAGCUCAACCUAUGCCGGUUCCAGGAGGCUGGGGAUCGUGUCCGUGGAAGUCCACAGCCUCCACCGGGACCCAGGUACCAGACGCUGGUGCACGCUCGGGCCAACAGUCAAAGCACACUGAGAUCAUGUGGCAACAAAUCACAUCUGCUUCAUCGAAGGGCAAAUCAGCAGAACACCAUCUCCAAAAAGAUCUUCCCCUGGAUGAAAGAGUCCAGGCCAUCAGCCCAGAAUCUCAAUAAAAUAAACGCAGACAGCUCGGAGGACGACAAACGUCUAAACUCGACCGCUGCUUCCAAGAGGGCGCGUACCGCGUACACGAGCGCGCAGCUAGUGGAGCUGGAGAAGGAGUUCCACUUCAGCCGUUACCUGUGCCGCGCGCGGCGCCUGGAGAUGGCCGGUUUGCUGCAUCUCCAAGAGAGACAAAUCAAGAUAUGGUUUCAAAACAGGAGGAUGAAGCAGAAAAGGGAUGACAAAUUCCGAGGCAUUGAAGGCCCUCCGUCCCCGGGCAGCCCUUCCACUCUGUCCACUUUAGGCUAUGUCCAUCUGGCCAGUGAAUACGAGACCGCAUCCCCCCCACUGAAGACACAACAACAGCAGCAGCGAAACCAAGCACACACUUUGUCCACCGAGAUCCCAAACUUGUCCAAAACACAGUUACUAGUGCAGCAUGGAUAUUCGAUUGCGGACUGUAAUUCUCUAGGUCUGCAGAAUAAUUUCACUAACGACUCCAAGUUUGAUUUACACUAUGGUGCAAUGUGCAACACGCCAAAAACAUCAAUCCCAGAUCAAGGAGUAAAUGACCCGAACGCGUCGUUUUUCUCAGAGAGUCACAAUUCGCAGCAGAGAAUCCUGCAGGCUCCCAAACUGUCCCAUCUGUAGUGG